AUAAUAUCGGAUAGGGACCCACGGUUCACAUCACGGUUUUGGCCUAAGUUCCAGGAAUCCAUGGGUACGAAAUUGAGGUUUAGCACCGCGUUUCAUCCUCAAACGGAUGGGCAAUCGGAACGGGUGAUUCAGAUCUUGGAGGACAUGUUAAGGGCAUGUGCCUUGGAGUUCCAGGGGAGCUGGGACAAUCAGUAGGCUUUAGUAGAAUUCGCCUAUAACAACAGUUAUCAGGCAAGUAUAGGCAUGCCCCCAUACGAAGCAUUGUAUGGGAGGAAAUGCAGGACACCAUUGUGUUGGGACGAGGUCGGCGAGGCUAAGCUUGAGGGCACCGAGUUAGUCGAGAUCACUAAGGAGAAGAUAAAGGUCAUACAGGAUAGGCUCAAGGCUGCCCAAGACCGACAGAAGAGCUAUGCUGAUAAACGUCGAAGGACGUUGGAGUUUGAGGUUGGUGACGAGGUAUUUCUGAGGGUAUCCCCUUGGAAAGGGAUCAUCAGGUUCCUCAGUCGGGGUAAGCUUAACCCACGUUACAUAGUCCCGUUCAAAAUCCUUGAAAGGAUUGGGGUUGUAGCUUACCGACUUCAGUUGACUCCAGAGUUAGAAAAGAUUCAUAAUGUAUUUCAUGUUUCUAUGCUCAAGAAGUAUGUGCGGGACCCGUCACAUAUUCUUGAGAAACCACUGGUAGAAAUCCGAGAGGACCUACAUUAUACGGUACAGCCGGUAAAGAUCAUAGACCGACAGGUAAAGAGGCUAAGGAGCAAAGAGGUGCCGAUGGUCAAGGUACUUUGGAAGAGUGAUCGUGUCGAGGAGCAAACGUGGGAAGUGGAGACCCUAAUGAGGGAACAAUAUCCAUUUCUGUUUGAUUAGACACAUGGAUUUCGGGGACGAAAUCCCAAAUAAGGGGGGUAGAACUUGUAACACCGCCCCCGAGUAUUUGUACUGUACCAAAUUAUGUAUUGAACCUUGAGAAAUGUAUAAAAGCAUUUUUUACGUGAUUGUAAAUUUUUAUCAUUUCUAUUACGUGAAUAGUAAAAUUCACGUGGGGCCCACACCGGAUGUGGGGCCGCCCAAUAUUAUCGGGACCACAUAUUAUAUUAAUCUUGGACUAGAUAAUAUGUAUAUGGUGGUGGAUAUCCUAAUUGGGCCAUGACAAUGGCACAAGGGUGACCGGUUGGUCAAACGGGCUAAAUUAUCGGUAUCGGCAAUUUAUCAGAUAACAGCCCAAAAAGGGAUUCUGAGAACCUAUAAAUUAAAGUUGGGGAUUUCAUAAUGAUUCUAAGGCCCAAUAAGGAUUGGGAACGAGUGUUAUAUUUUAUUUGACCCGAUAAAAUAAAAUAUACUUAAAACAGUCCGAGAAAUACAACUUUCGGGGCCGAGUGUACACUUGGGGACAUAAAGGGAUGACCUCCCACAUGAGUGGGGGCCACCCCACGGAUUUGGUGCUGCCAAUGACAAGGGGAGCCGCACAUAACCUGCAGGAGUAAGGAGAAAUUGAUUGAGAGACCAAUCAAUGGGAAGGUGGACCUCACCUUUGACAUUAUUUUGGAGAAAUGCCAAAGAGGCAUUCUCAAUCAUCAACCUAACCCUCCAGCUCUUCCAACCCAUCCAUCCUUGAGAUAGAAGCUCUGCAAACACCUCACAACAUCCACCAUUCACGAACUGGAGCUAAGGAGGAAGAAGGAGGGGAAAAGAGAAGAGAAAAGUUGGUUUUCGGAGAGGGAAACUUGUGUUUAGCAAGGUAUUCAAGGAACUUUCACGGAGUUGAAAAGGUCGCCGGAGUUGUCGCCGGAGUUCGUUGAAGUUCGCCGGAGUUUCGUCGGAGCUAAAUCGGGAAGGCUAGAACUUCAUAAGCUUCAUUAAGGUUGAGGCUAGAGUCCUACUACCUGCACCUUUGCCUAGGGUGAUCAUUCGAGGAGGAAGACGUGGUUCGUGCUUCCAUUCAUAUUUCAAAUGUAUAAACCGCUCAUGGAUUUUUGAACAAUGUUUUCAUUAAAACAGUUGGGGGCCUGCGUGCCCGUGUUUGCCACGUGUGGCUAAGUAUCAAACAUUUUAUUAUUUCCGC